AUGCCUCGAAUUCCAAGGCCACAGUUUUCUAUCCGGACGCAUCUCUGUGGUCCCGAAAAGAGUCCGGAGAGAGACAAAUUUCUCAGACUCGUCAAGCAUAUCGAUAUUAAUCCUCGAAUCUCCCAACUCCUCGAAAAGCCUACGUGGUCUGUGGCCUCGUUGAUGCCUCCUCUUCGCGCAAAGGCCGAGGACAACUCUGAGAUCACGCGCGAGAAAUUACAUCACCUCCUACGUCUUUCUGCGCUCCCUCUACCAACCAAUGAAGAAGAAGAGUCGAGCAUGCUGGACACCCUCCGCCAGCAAAUUCACUUCGUCAAGGAGAUCCAGAAGGUAGACACAACAGGAGUUGAACCUUUGGUGGCCAUCCGUGACGAGACCGAAGAGGCGAAAUCCGAGCGCCGGAUUACGAAAGAGUCUCUGAGUGAGUUCCUAGCUCUUGAGGAGGAACGCGGUAAGAACGGCACAAUACGCAGAAAGAAGGAUAUAGAGCCUUCGAGAGUCGUUUAUCAAAAUGCAAAACCAUGGCAGCCUGAGAAAGCGGACGACCGGCUUGAGAAUCCUUUCCGACUGAGCGAUGAUCCUAAGCACGAAUUGGACAAGAAAAGAGGACAGUAUUUCGUCGUGAGAAAGAGUAGAAAGGACACCGGACAAACAGGCUGA